AUGUCGGUGGGCAGCGGGAGCAGCAGGAUAAAGCUGCAGAAAUGGGACACCGCUUCCCAGGGAGGGCAGGACCUCCAGACAGAAGCUGUUGCUUUAGAAACCAACACGUCUCCUUCCAGUCAUUCUUCAGUUAGCCAGACCGUCGCGUCCAACCUGACGUCCUCCAGCUCGCAGAGGACAGCCCCCUCCUCAUGGACUGUCAGCUCCGACCAAUCAGCUGCAACACCGCCACCAUCUAGUCAAACAGGAUCCAGAACCGUGUCAACCAGAACUGUGUCAACCAGCCAAUCACCAGGCAGCACAACACAGAACAGCCAAUCACCAGGCGGCACUACACAAACAAGCCAAACACCAACCAGCCAAUCACCAGGCAGCACUACACAAACCAGCCAAUCACCAGGCAGCACUACACAAACCAGCCAAUCACCAGGCAGCACAACACAAACCAGCGAAACACCAGGCGGCACAACACAAACCAGCCUAACACCAACCAGCCAAUCACCAGGCAGCACUACACAAACCAGCCAAUCACCAGGCAGUACAUCAUCAACCAGCCAAUCACCAGGCAGCACAACACCAACCAGCCAAUUGCCAGGCAGCACUACACAAACCAGCCAAUCACCAGGCAGUACAUCACCAACCAGCCAAUCACCAGGCAGCACAACACCAACCAGCCAAUUGCCAGGCAGCACUACACAAACCAGCCAAUCACCAGGCAGCACAACACAAACCAGCCAAUCACCAGGCAGCACAACACAGACCAGCCAAUCACCAACAGAGAAGGCAGCCGACAAAGAAGGCAGCCAAUUACAGACUGAGAUCCCACCACCUAGCCAAUCACAGAAGAAGAAGAUAGCGCCGAUCCACUCCCCAAUCAGCUCACCAGAAUCCAGCCAAUCACCAACCAACACAGUGUCAGCAAGCCACGUACCAGCAACAAACCCAAAACCUACCCAAUCAUCAUCUCGCCAGACACCAUUAAACCGAUCAACACUCACCUCAACAUCCAACCAAUCAGCAACCAGUUUAACACCAGCUAAUCAAUCCACAACCAACUUGGAAACAAACCACCACAACUCAUCUGGCUUCACAUCCCAAUCACUGUCAACGCCCUCCAACCAAUCACAGACCAGCUCAGUGCCGUCCAACCAAUCAUCCUUGGGUUCAGCGGUCAGCGGAGACGGACGUCUGGUUAACGGUUCACUGCUCGCCGGGCAGGCAAAGGAAGCCCCGAGGUCAUCGAUUCGUAGGACCCAAGAGACGUGUUGGUCCUCCUGCCUGAACGGAGGACGCUGCGUCCAUCCGGAGUCAUGUGACUGCAGCUUGUACCAGGCCACUGGGCACCGGUGUCAGACAGUUCCGAACCCCGGCUUGGAGCGGGAGAUGACCUGCCGGUCGUGGGGUCAGUACAACUUCGAGACCUUCGACGGCCUCUACUUCCACUUCCCCGGCCGGUGCACGUACACCCUGCUGAGGGACUGUGAGGAGACCCCCCAGGCCAGCAUCGUCAUCCGGGUCCACAAUGACCCCGGCUGCGGCUCCGCCCCCUACACCUGCCGCCGAUCCGUCAGCCUCUUCCUCCCGUGGGACGGGGAGGUCCGGCUGCACGCCACCGACGUGACCUUCAAGGGGCAAAGUCUGCAGCUGCCUCAUCACGUCCACGACCUGCAGCUGGAGCGCAUCUCCCAGUACGUGCUGGUGACGCGGCAGCGCGGCUUCACGCUGGCCUGGGAGGGGGGCAGCGGCUCCGUCUACCUCAAGCUCAGCCCCGAGCUGGUGGGCAGGGCCUGCGGCCUGUGCGGCAACUUCAACGCCGACGUGCAGGACGACCUGAGGACCAGUUACGGCGUGCUGACCCACGACGUAGAGAUGUUCGGGAACAGCUGGGCGGAGGCCGAGCCCCACGGGGCCCGGUGUCCCGCGGUGCCCUCCGGCUUCUCCUCGCCCUGCGCCGCGGCCGAAGCUCACGUCCUGCUGAAGGUGGAGGAGGUCUGCGCCGUGAUGCUGGAGCCGCCGUUCCAGAGCUGCCACGAGUUCGUCAGCCCGCUGUCCUUCAUGGCCGGCUGCUCCAACGACCUCUGCAUGUCGGGGCCCGAAGGCGACGUGGUGUGCCAGGUGCUCAGCGAGUACGCACGGGCCUGUGCCCACGCCGACCACCCGCUGCACGGCUGGAGGCAGCACUUUCCUCAGUGUGCCAGGUCGUGCCCGGCGGGUCUGCAGCACAGGGAGUGUAUCAGCUGCUGCCCGGCCUCCUGCAACCUGGAGCGGACCUGCAUCGACAGCCGGCUGGCCUGCCUGGACGGAUGCUACUGCCCCGACGGUCUGAUUUACGAGGACGGAGGCUGUGUGGAGGCCUCCGACUGUCCCUGCGAGUUCCACGGCCUCUUUUACCACUCCGGACACACGCUGCAGGAGGAAUGCAGCAACUGCACAUGCGUGGGCGGAGUGUGGAACUGCACCGAGCACAGCUGCCCCGCAAAGGUUCUCUCUCCACCCCCCCGACCCCCCCGACCCUCCCCAGGCGAGUGCUCGGUGACGGGCGACAUGUACUUUCAAUCCUUUGACGGGCGGCUCUACACCUUUGCCGCCACGUGUCAGUACGUCCUCGCCAAGAGCCGCAACUCGGGGAAGUUCACGGUCACCAUCCAGAACGCCCCCUGUGGAGCCAACUUGGACGGUUCCUGCAUCCAAUCGGUCAACCUGGUCAUUGACGAGGAUCCGAGAACGGAGGUUACGUUGAGUCACUUGGGCGAGGUCUUCCUGGCCGGACAGUACCGGGUCUCCCUGCCGUACUCUGACGACCUCUUCCACAUCCAGGAGCUGUCGUCCAUGUUCCUGCAGGUGAGGACGGCCUUCGGCCUGCGUCUGCAGUACGGCUGGGCCCAGUUCCGCGUCUACCUGCAGGCCGACGCGCCGUGGAAGGACGACACCGCGGGGCUGUGCGGCACCUUCAACGGCAACAUUCAGGACGACUUUCUGUCUCCGUCCGGGAUGAUAGAAAGCACUCCUCAGCUCUUUGGGAACGCCUGGAGGGUCUCGUCGGCGUGCUCCAGCAGCCUCAGUCCUCCCCAGCUGGACCCGUGUGACGCUCACCAGCAGGCCGCGGCCUACGCCUGGGAGAUGUGCGACGUGCUGAACCAGGACCUGUUCUCCGCCUGCCACCAGCACCUCAGCCCGGCGACCUUCCACCAGCAGUGCCGCUCGGACACGUGCCGGUGCGGGACGCCCUGCCUGUGCUCGGCGCUGGCCCACUACGCGCGCCACUGCCGCCGCUUCUCCGUCGUGGUGGACUUCCGGUCGCAGAUACCCGACUGCGCGGUCACCUGUCCCGCCACCAUGCAGUACGGCACCUGCGUGUCGUCCUGCCAGCGGCGUUGCUCCGCCCUCUCCGUCCCGCCUCGCUGCGGGGGGGAGUGCGAAGAGGGCUGCGUCUGCCCGCCGGAGUCCUUCUACAACCACCGGACGCACACCUGCGUGCACAGGAGCGAGUGUCCCUGCAGUUUCCUCGGAGCGGAUUACGAACCAGGAGAUGUGAUCAUGACGUCAGCAGGUGUUCAACUCUGUCUGGACGGCAAACUGGUGUCGCAGACGUCAGACAGCGACAUGUUGUGUCCCCCCGGUCAGCGGUACCAGAACUGCUCGGAGGGGGCCGACGGCGUCCUGUUGUCGAGGGGCGUGGCCUGCGAGCGCACCUGCGAAUCCUCCCUGCUGAACCUCACCUGCUCGUCGCACGAGCCCUGCGUGGCCGGAUGCACCUGCCCCCCCGGCCUGCUGAAACAUGGAGACGAGUGCUUCGAAGCUGCUUCCUGUCCGUGUCUGUGGAAAGGAAAGGAGUAUUACCCCGGCGACCGAGUCUCCUCCCCCUGCCAUCAGUGCGUCUGCCAGCACGGGACGUUCCGCUGUGCGUUCCGUGCGUGCCCGGCCAUGUGCUCGGCCUACGGAGACCGCCACUACGGGACGUUCGACGGGCUGCUGUUCGACUACGUGGGCGCCUGCGAGGUCCACCUGGUGAAGAGCAGCGGCGACGUGAUGCUCAGCGUGACGGCUGAGAACGUCGGCUGCUUCGACGGCGGAGUCGUCUGCAGGAAGUCCCUCGUGGUCAAUGUGGGCGGAUCCUCCGUGGCCUUCGACGAAGACUCGGGGGAACCCAAUCCAUCGAGCGCGAUCGACAGGAAGCAGAGGAUGUUCUUGUGGCCGGCCGGGUUCUUCACCGUGGUUCAUUUCCCCGACGAAGACGUCACCGUCCUCUGGGACCGGAAGACCACUGUCCACAUCCAGGUCGGACCCCGCUGGCAGGGGAAGCUCAGCGGGCUCUGUGGGAACUUUGACACGAAGACGGUGAACGAGAUGCGGACGCCCGACAACAUCGACUCUGCGACUCCGCAGGAGUUCGGGAACAGCUGGACGGCAGCAGAGUGUGUGAGCAGUCCAGACAUCAGACACCCCUGCAGCCUCAGUCCGCUCAGAGAGCCGUUUGCAAAGCGCCGUUGCGGCGUCCUGCUCAGCGAGGUGUUCCAGGCCUGCCACCCGGUGGUGGACGUCACCUGGUUCUACAUGAACUGCCUGGCUGACACGUGCGCCUGCAGCCGGGGAGGCGACUGCGAGUGCUUCUGCACCAGCGUGGCGGCGUACGCGCAGCGCUGCUGCCACCAGGGCGUCCCGGUGGACUGGCGCUCGCCGUCUCUGUGCCCGUACGACUGUGAGUUCUUCAACAAAGUUCUGGGUAAAGGUCCGUUCAGGCUGGUGACCUUCAGGGACCGAGGCGCGGUGCUGGCGGCCAGCGGCUCCGGCGGCUCCGUGUUCCUGCAGCGCGGAAACCUCAGCGCCGCCGCCGGCGUCCUGCUGAGCUUCAUGGUGACGCCAGGCCUCAGCAAGGCCCGGCCGCACGACACGUCGCGGGUUUCCUUUGAGGCCGCCGACAGACCGAACUACUUCCUGUCGGCGGGCGCCGGCGGCCGUGUGUCGCUGUCCAAGUGGGAGGAGGGCGAGGCCUUCCGGGAGGGGGCCACCUUCGUGCUGCACAGGAACACCUGGAGCCCCGGGUACGACGCGCUGGAGUCCCACGCCAGGCCGGGCUUCUUCCUGCACGCCACGCCGGCCCGCCUCCACCUGCUCAAGUACCGGCACGCCGACAGCUUCCGCAAGGCCACGCUGUUCAGGCUGACGGGCCCCAGCCCGGACGCCCUGCCGGUUCCUCGGUGUCAGUGGAGGUACGAUUCCUGCGUGGUGCCCUGCUUCAAGACCUGCGGCGACCCGUCGGCUGAGGCCUGCGCCGGCAUCCCGCAAGUGGAGGGCUGCCUUCCCGUGUGCCCCCCCCACAUGGUCCUGGAUGAGGUCACCCGCCGCUGUGUCUUCGUUGAGGACUGCAUCAAGGGUCCAGUCGCUGUGAAGCCUGGAACACCGCCCACUUCCUCAACCCCCGCCAGCACUGCUGCCUCCACCCGCCCCCUUCAGACCACCACCACCACCACCACAGCAUCCUCCGCCCCUCCCCCCAGUAAAGCCACCAGCACACAGAUGACCUCGUCCACAGCUCCGCCGGCCCCCGAAGAGCUGCCCCCCUCCAGUCCCGCAGCUCCUGAACUCCCCAGAACACAAGGACCCCCGUCCACGCCGCCAGCGCCCCCCACCGUCAGCCCCGAGGUGGAGGAGCCGCCGGCUACUGUCAGAGGGGCCGAGGCUUCGGCCACCGCUGCGGCGGGGACGACCACAGCCGCAAGCCCCACCCCCGGCCCCCCCGGCACAACGAGUAGCACUCCCCUCGCCGUCACGGCUCCCUCCUGGGUCACCGCCGCCACCGCUGCUACCGCCGCUACGACGGCCACGACCGCCACGACGGCCACGACCGCCACGACGGCCACGACCGCCACGACCGCCCCCCUGCAGCGGCCUAGCGCUGUGGCACCGACCCUCGGAGCCCCGCCUCCAACGGUGGCCACGACUCAUUCGGCAGCAGUCACCGGGGUGGUCACCUCCUCUGGUCCGCGGCCCCGCUCUGGUCUCGGGGACUCCAGUUGCCGAGCGGACCACUGCUCCCAGUUCAAGUACCACUGCGAUCACAGACACCAGCACAAAGACAGGGAUCGUGGAGCAACUUUCCCCGACAACAACAACAACAACAACAACCACAACAGCAACAACAACAGUAACAGCAACGACCACUACAGCCGUCCCUUCACAUUCAACAGCCUCAGUGACCUCCUCGCCCGGCCCGAUCUCCCCUCCUGGUGAAACAGGAGUACCUCCUUACCCGCUGUCACCACAGAACCAGUCACACCAGUUGCACCUUUCACCCCCAGUAAAACAACGGCGUACAUGAGGACACCUGCUGCCACGUUUCUGCGCACUGAACCCACGACUUCCGCAGCAGCUGUUCCUGACACCGUGGCGUCUUCUACGGCCCACGCUGCAUCGACUACACCUGCACCACCUGCCCCCUCCUCAGCAGACUGGAGAACAACGAAGAAAGCGACCGUACUUGAUUCCACGACGGCGGCCGGACCCAUAAAGAUCACCGACAUCGUAACUCCACCCGGGUCCAGCACCACCACCACUUACGCCGAGAGAACCUCCUGGUCCGCCACCGGCCCGACAGCCGAGAAGACCACAGCGACUUCCAGACCAGCAGAGAUGUUCACCGCGUCCUCGGGUCCUCCUGGCACGACGAGACCGACCACUGCGCCAAUGCCUCCUACAGAAAACACCGCUGUGCCGCGUAUACCGACGCCAGGGAGCUCCGCCCAUCCGGCUUCUACCGCUCGGGUCUCUGAGCAUCGGGACGCCUCCUCCACCUUGAAGACGCAACCGGAGGUUACGUCUAAAACUGUCCUCCUCGAAGUCCCUUCAGCAGAAACUACCGAAGAAACUCGUCGUCACGCAAAGUCUACGCCGCCUGUCACCUCUGCUACGCCUCCAGAAAUCACCACAGAAGUUGCAGCCAUGACAACCGAGAUACUGACCUCUGCCCCGCCUACCCCUGCGCCCGGCGUCCCGGAGACACUUCUCACCACCACCUCUACAAGACCUCCACCGGGUGUUUUGACCACCACGCUCAGUCCCGGCACAGUGCAGUCGGUUACCGAGACAACGCGUCCGUCGACCGGCAGGGCGGAGGUGUCGACCAGCAGGGCGGAGGUGUCGACCACCAGAGCGGAGGUGUCGACCAGCAGGGCGGAGGUGUCGACCAGCAGGGCGGAGGUGCCGACCAGCAGGGCGGAGGUUUGGCAAACAACGCCGACUCCGUCUCGGUCCCCGCCGGGGUCGACGACUGUCUGGGACGUAGCCACCACCCAUUCGAUGCCCACUGAAAGAUUUACGCCGACCAGCACCACCACCGCCCCAACAACCACCGUUGGGUCGACACCCGGGGUUCCCGCCACGACGCGGGUUCCCCCGAGAAUCACGUCGCCCGAGAGGCCCUCCGUCAGGCCGGUCACCGCAAGGGUUACCGCGGCAACAAGCCCCCCAACAUCGUCAACCGGAUCGACCCCCGUCGGGCCUGGAUUGACGACCACGUCUGCGACUCUUCCAGCGUCUGCCGGGCCGGUCGCCACGUUGAGCUCGACCAAGCGCGCCGACACGACCACGACAUCCACAUCAACGCCCGACCUCACCGCCGUUGGUGAGCCGGCGCCCAUUCCCACCCUCACAACGCCCGUGGUGUCUACAACCGUCUCCCCGACAACGGUUCGAGAGUCGCCCGCACCCGAGGGAACCCUGACGACCAAGGCGCCCCGACCGGCGACGCCUCCGCCCGACGCUCACCUCGUCUCUACCCAGAAGCCCUUUGCUACCUCGUCACCCGCGGCAGCCACGUCAGUCCAGACCACCGCGCGGGGGGCCGCAGCCAAUCGCACCAGUGCGGCGAGGCCUCCCGCGUCGACCGCACACGCAGCGGAGGCGACGGCGUCCAGGGCGACACGGACGUGCACACCUCCGUACGCGGAGAUAGUCGACGACUGCACAAAGUACAUCUGUGUCAACAACCAGCUCGUCCUCUUCAACAAGUCCCAGAGUUGCCCCUUCACCUCCGACCCCCCGAACUGCGGCCUGCUCGGCUUCGCCGUUCUGGUCAACGGAGACAAGUGCUGCCCCAAGUGGGACUGUCCAUGUCGCUGCUCCGUGUUCCCGGACCUGAACGUGAUCACGUUUGACGGGAACAGCGUCGCCGUCUACAAGGCCGCCGCCUACAUCGUGACCCGGCUGCCCAACGAGACCGUCAGCGUCCUGGUCCAGGAGUGUCCCGUCGACUCGGAGUCUCCGCUGCUCUGGAACUUCACCAACUUGUGUCUGGUGGCGCUGAACAUCACGCACCAAUCGGACCACGUCAUCGUCAACAGGCUGCAGCGGCGGCUCUACGUCAACUCGCGCUACGCCAAGCCCCGCUUCAAGAAGUUCGGCUUCGAGGUCUACGACACGGGCAACAUGUACCUGAUCCGCAGCCCGGCCGGUCUCAAGCUGCAGUGGUACCACAGCACCGGCAUGCUGGUCAUCGACACCGACAGCUCGGGCAGCAAGCUGCACGCCAUGGGCCUCUGUGCCCCGGCCAACGGCUCCACGGUUGGCGCCGGCGAGGAUCCGGACGUGUUCAUUGACAGCUGGCAGGUCCCCAACACCACCAGCUACAUCAGCCACAGCCGCCGCCGCCCGCUCAACUGCUCCACCAGCGACUGCUCCGCCUGCCUGCUGAUGCUGCAGGACGAGGCCUUCCAGCCCUGCAGCGCCUUCGUCCCUCCGAGCACCUUCUGCGAGGUGUGGGUGCGCGACGAAGAGUACGUGAACAACCAGUGUGUGGCGCUGGCCGCCUACGUCGCUUCCUGCCACAAGUUCAACAUCUGCAUCGAGUGGAGGAGGCGGGACUACUGCCCCUUCUCCUGCCCGGGGCCCUUGCGCUACCAGGCCUGCCUGCCGGCCUGCACCUCCCAGUCCUGCCCCAACCACGACUUCGACUCGGACCCGGACCCGUGCUCGGGCCUGACGGAGGGCUGCGUGUGCCCCGAGGGAACCCUCCUCCACCGGCCCUACUCCGCCCUGUGCAUCCCCCCGGACAAGUGUGCCUGCACCGACAGCGCCGGCGUUCCCCGCGCACACGGCGACGUGUGGAAGCUCCGAGGACGCUGCUGCAUGUACCGCUGCGACAACGACGUCGUCCUCCCGGUGGAGUACGACUGCGCCGCCGCGCCGCCCCCGCCGCCGUGCCGGCGGGCCGCCGAGGUCCUCGUGGGCCUCGCCGACGACGCCAGCUGCUGCCCGCGGAAAGUCUGCGUGUGCAACCAGAGCCUGUGUGACUCCGCCCCCCCGCGGUGUAAAUACGGGGAGAAGCUGGUGUCGUACUACAGAGCCGACUCCUGCUGCCCGGACUACGUGUGUGAGUGCGAUCCCGACCUCUGCGAGUCGGACGUUCCCGCCUGCCGAGGCGACCAGACGGCGAUCGCCACCCGCGCCGACGGCAGCUGCUGCCUCGCCCACAUCUGCAUGUGUUCUUCCUGCACGGGGGCGCCUCCUCUCUGCCAGGACGGCGAGGUGCUGACGGUGGACGGGAACGCCACGGAUCGCUGCUGCCCCGCCUACCAGUGUGUGUGUGAGCCCUCCAGGUGUCCUGUGCUUGUCUGUCCCGUUGGGAUGUCGGUGGCGUCCGGCUCCAGUCCGGGUCGCUGUUGUCCGGAACAAACAUGCGAGUGUUCCUGUGAGAAGAUCGCCUCCCCUAAAUGUGGCCUGGGAGAAGCCGCCCAGCUGGACCGGGCCUCCCCGUCCGACCCGCACAACCAGUGCGCCUGCAAAAGAUACAAGUGUGUGCGCGAGGCGGUGUGCGUGUUCGGCGAGCGCGGCGUGCUGCGUCCGGGUCAGACGCUGGUGGAGCGCCACGCCGACGGCGUGUGUCACAGCCGGCAGUGCAGCCGCAGCCUCGACCCGGCGAGCGGCUUCCACCUGCUGCGCACCGCCAGCAUCAACUGCUCCGCCCACUGCCGCCCGAACCAGGUCUACGUUCCUCCAAAGGACCAGAGCACGUGUUGCGGGGGUUGUAAGAACAUCUCCUGCCUCUACGAACAGGAGAACGGGACCGCGGUCCUCCACAAGCCGGGGAAGUCGUGGGUUUCCAACUGUGUGAAGUUCGACUGCGUGGAGACUCUGUCGGGGCCGACGCUCAUCUCCCACUCGUACAGCUGCCCCCCCUUCAACGAGACCGAGUGCAUGAAGGUCGGCGGAACCGUCGUAAGUUACGUGGACGGAUGCUGCAAGACGUGCAAAGAAGACGGGAAGUCUUGUCAGAAGGUCACGGUGAGGAUGACCAUCAGGAAGAACGAUCGUCGCAGCAACAGGCCGGUGAACAUUGUGUCAUGUGACGGGAAGUGUCCGUCCGCCAGCAUCUACAACUACAACAUCAACACCUACGCUCGCUUCUGCAAGUGCUGCCGGGAGACGGGCCUGCAGCGGCGCUCCGUGCAACUCUACUGCAGCGGCAACGCAACCUGGGUCAGCUACAGCAUCCAGGAGCCCACCGAGUGCUCCUGCCAGUGGUCCUGAUCUCACACACACACACGCACACGCACACGCAUGCCGAGACACACACAUGCAGAGACACACACAUGCAGACAUGCACACGCCCACCGAUGUUCAGAUCCUCCAGAACCACAACGCAGAAGACGAAACCUCAGCCAUGUUGCUUUAGUUGAGAGUGGAGCGCUGAGCUCCGAUUGGCCGCUCCGGUCAGGUGUUCUGCUGCCUCCGCUGGCAGGGAGGUGGUACUGCACGGCACAGAAGCUCCACCUUUGACCUUUUAUAUCUGCUGUCGCAAAAGUGAUUAAAAAAAACACUCAUGACAAUCCUUCAUUGGGACUUUUGGUUCAUUAGGAGAAAAUGUAGAAUUUUAAUUAUAGAAGGAAAUCUGGCCGAUUUCAACAGACAGAACAAUGUAUUUUGCUCUCAGAUUGACUUGGGGAGCUUUGUGCUCUUAUACAUAUGAUACGAAACUAUGAAUAAAUGAAAUAUUGAAAUAUCAAGGAAAAGUUUUAAUGAGACCCCAUUUUGAUUUUUUUUAUUGAAAAAUGUAUUUUUAUUGG